UAUAUAAAGAAUAGUAUUACGUAAAAUAACAUUGUUGUUAAAAUUUUCAUAUGUUUAUUUAAAAUAUAUUUGUAUAAAAAUAGUAGUUAAUAAUUAACAGAAAACUUAUCGAUUGAAAUUCUUCCUUUCACAUUUCAGACCGAGAUUUCUGUAUAUGUGGCCAAAUGCCAGAAUAUCCGUAAUGGGUGGCGAACAGGCAGCCAACGUCCUAGCACAGAUUACUAGAGACCAGUAUAAACGUGAAGGAAAAACAUUAUCAGCGGAAGCAGAGAAGCAAAUGAAGGAUCCGAUUAUAGAAAGAUUUGAAGACGAAGGAAAUCCUUAUUACGCAUCUGCCAGAUUGUGGGACGACGGCGUCAUAGAUCCCGUAGAUUCCAGGAGGAUACUGGGCCUCAGUCUGAGCGCAACCAUGAACGCCCCCAUUCCGGAAACAAAAUUUGGAGUGUUCCGAAUGUAAAAUUUAUACUAGAGGUUUUAAAUGCAGAUGCCAAGAAAUGACAGAAAGAUUUUUUUGUAAUAUAAUAAAUGCAUUUUUUAAAUUAAAUUUGACUUUUAUUCAUAAUUUUUGGUGAAGAACACAUUACAAAGUUCA